AUGUCGACAGCAGACGUCUCUGCCGCGCUGGAUGCGCUCGAGGCGCUUGCGAGCACUAGCGCGACGAGCUCGUCGGGACCCCUGAAUGCGCUCCUCGAGCAGCACUUUGCCGUCGCCCGAGAGCGCAUCCUCGCCGGCUCGCCGCCCAAGCACGUCAUUGCCGAGUUGCAGACCAACAUUGCCAAGGCGAAGAAGCAGGUUGAGCGCGGACUCAAGACGUGGUACGCUGCGCUUGGAAACACCGGCAAAGCAGUCCAGAAGGCCUUCCCUCCCACCCUCUCGGACAUAUCGUCAGCCUACGACGACCCGCCCCUCUUUACUGAACCUGAAGCUGCGGCCGCACUCGACCGGGUCGUGCUCGACUCGCUCGGCCGGCGUGGGCUGUGGGACGCCGUCCUCGCCUUCGAGGCGGAGACGGACCUCGCCUACGACGCGUCCAAGCGUGACCUCUCUGCCCGUCUGGCCGAGAUUGUCUCGGACAUCGAGGCUGGCGACCUCAGCAGUGCGCUGGCAUGGUGCCAUGCGAAUGCCGCCUUCCUCUCCUCGGGCCCGCACCCCUCUCCCCUGCCCUAUCACCUGCACCGCGCCAUGCUCCUGGCGCAGCCCACCCCGGCCGCGGCGGUAGAGUACGCCCGCACACACAUGUUCGAGUACCUCGCCACUCAGCCUGUGCUUGAGCUGGUCACGAGCCGUCUGUUCAUGGGCACGAAGGAGAGCCCGUACGAGAUCGAGAAUGCGCCACUCGCGCAGAUGUUCAGGACGGACUACUGUCGCUGUCACGGGUGGGCGCGAGAGGACCCGCUCGAGGUCGCCGUCGACCUUGGGAGCAGGGGAGGCGCGCUCAACGCCAUCGAGAAGGCGCGUAAGGUCAUGGGCGACAGGCUUGGCAACGUGCGGACGUGGCCGGAACUGCCAAUGGAGGUUCAUCUCCCCCGGAACCGGAGGUACCACUCUGUCUUUGUGUGUCCCGUCUCGAAGGAGCAGGCCAGCGACACAAACCCGCCCACGAUGCUCUCGUGCGGGCACGUCAUCAACCAGGAAUCCUUCAACCGGCUCCUUAAGGGGAACCGGAAGAGCGCAAAGUGUCCGUAUUGUCCUGACGAGACGGGGCAGCAGGGUGCGCAGACGCUGUACCUUUGA